AUGAUGUACGAAAGUUUGGAUGUGGUGGGACUCACAACAAGCCCGAACCCAUUUUUAACUAUGGAUUACUACCAUCAGAACCGAGGAUGUCUGAUCCCUGAGAAGGGCCUCGUGUCCGGGGCACCCCGUCCCUUCAGCUCGUCCAUUCGAAACCAACACUGGAAUGGAUCAAACCACUCCAUAGAGACCCAGAGUACCAGCUCUGAGGAGAUCGUCCCCAGCCCCCCCUCGCCACCCCCUCCCCCGCGGGUAUACAAGCCCUGCUUCGUGUGUGCGGACAAGUCCUCAGGGUACCACUAUGGAGUCAGCGCUUGUGAAGGCUGCAAGGGUUUCUUCCGUCGGAGCAUCCAGAAGAACAUGGUGUACACCUGCCACCGGGAGAAGAGCUGCACUAUCAACAAGGUGACCCGGAACCGCUGCCAGUACUGCCGGCUGCAGAAGUGUCUGGACGUGGGCAUGUCCAAGGAGUCGGUGAGGAAUGACAGGAACAAGAAGAAGAAGGAAGAGAAGAAGCAGGAGUGUACUGAAAGCUACGUGUUGAGCACAGAGACUGAGCAGAUGAUUGAACGAGUCCGCAAGGCCCAUCAGGAAACCUUCCCCUCGCUCUGCCAACUGGGCAAAUACACCACGAAUAACAGCGCAGAGCACCGUGUGGCUCUAGAUGUCAACCUGUGGGAUAAGUUCAGUGAGCUGUCCACCAAGUGCAUCAUCAAGACAGUGGAGUUCGCAAAGCACCUGCCAGGGUUCACCACGCUCACCAUCGCCGACCAGAUCACCCUGCUGAAGGCUGCCUGCCUGGACAUACUGAUUCUGAGGAUCUGCACACGGUACACUCCAGACCAGGACACUAUGACUUUCUCAGACGGGCUGACCCUGAACCGGACCCAGAUGCACAAUGCAGGCUUCGGCCCGCUCACAGACCUGGUGUUUGCCUUCGCCCAAACACUCCUCCCCCUGGAGAUGGAUGACGCGGAGACCGGCCUGCUCAGCGCCAUCUGUCUGCUGUGUGGAGACCGUCAGGACCUGGAGGAAGCAGACAAGGUGGAUGUGUUACAGGAGCCCCUCCUGGAAGCUCUGAAAAUCUACGUGAGGAAGAGGAGGCCUCAUAAACCACACAUGUUCCCCAAGAUGCUGAUGAAGAUCACAGACCUGAGGAGCAUCAGCGCUAAGGGAGCAGAGCGAGUGAUCACCCUGAAGAUGGAGAUCCCGGGCUCCAUGCCGCCCCUCAUCCAGGAGAUGCUGGAGAACUCUGAGGGUCUGGAGGGCCAGGGGGCCAGCGGGGGGCGCUCCAGCGGUGGAGGGGCCCCACCCGGCAGCUGCUCCCCCAGCCUGUCUCCCAGCUCGGCCCGCAGCAGCCCCCCUGCACCCUCCCCAUAGGCCGGAGGCCAGGCGCGGCUUCAGGCGGAGCUGACUGACUGACUGACACUGUGACGAGCCGGGCCAGAGAGGGAGGGGCUUUGGAAGACAGCCAGACCUGGGACCAACCAGGACGGACUUUGACACUUCUGAGACUUAGUGGACGGACAGCCCCCGCCCCCCCUUUCACCAUGCCACUUCUCGGCCCCAGACCAGGGGCCAAAACAGGCCGAACCUGACUUAUACAAGACUGAACCACGGGCAUACCAUGAACCCCCCCCCAAACACACACACACACACACAGAGACGCGUAGUCCUCAGAACCAGCACCAGAGACCGGUAGAUGUCUCAUCAGUGAUGACCCGCCUCUCCCCACCUCCAGACUGGACAGCAGUUCCGGCCCUUCAGACCCGGGGUGAAGGCCCACAUCUUUCUGCAGGGAACUCGUCAGACACUCUGACGGGAAGCAGGACACUGGACAUCGGGUGGACGCUGGUCACAAGGCUUUCCAAAAUGUUGUCAGGGACAGCAAAACGUGGGGCCUUGGAGAGGUGCCCUGCCUCUCUAAUACAAUUUUAAGACAGUGUUUUUUUUCUUUUUUUUUCUUACAAAGGAUAUAUGGAAAUAUAAAUAUAUAUAUUGUACAAGUACUGAUUGAAUUUGAGUUGUCCUAGGUGGAAUGAUGCAUACAAUAUCCCUUUUUUCUGUUGUGUUUUUGUCACUGUUCCUUGAAGAUGAGUUUGUCUUCACACCCCCCCGGGCCUAAUGUUUUGUUUUUUCCUCUCUACUUCACCCAGGAAUAUGGCCACACUAUGUACGCCGUGGAAAUGUGUGUUUUCUAUCAAAUCUAAAGAAGUAGAACAAAAAUGACCACAUGAUUUCAGAUGCAAUUCACUUCAUGCACUAGACCUCUUGCACUGUCAUAUCAACAGGUUGGAUCAAAUGUACACAUAUUGGACCAAGAUCUCUCUCGGUUUGGUUACACUUCGUGAGUUCUGGGGUUUUUUCAGUUGAGGGAAAAGAAAAAGGUAUUGGUUCUAUGUUAGAGUCACAAGUUGUUGUGAAGUUAAGAUGAUCUGUAAGAAAAUACCAACCAUUACAUGCUGUAACACACAUAACAUGUAUUUGUUCUUUUAAAGUACAAGGAGUCUGGAAUUUGUCAACCCUUUUCAUGUAUUUUGUCCUAGUUUUGGACAGAGGCACCUGAAGUCUCCAGAUUUUGGUAUCUUACAUGAGACACAGUGCCUCUUUAGAACGCUUUAAGGAAGGUGCUGACAUCUAGGAACUUGAUUUUACCCAUCACCAUGACAACACCACUACUAUUGACAACCAGGUGAGAGGGCGGAGUUAAAAUAUGGCAAUUUAAUUACCAAUCACCUCCGUGAGCCCUGCCCCGCCCCCAUCCAUCUAAGGUCGUAUGUGAUCUAGGGCAGUGUUUCUCAACCCUGCUCCUAGACACUCCCCGCCCUGCAUGUAUUAUAUCUCUCCCUGCUCUGUCACACCUGAUUCAAAUGAUCAACUCAUUAUCAAGUCCUUGAUUAAGGUACAUCAGGUGUGUUAGUGCAGGGAGAGAUCUAAAACAUGCUGGGCGGUGUGCCUCCAGGAGCAGGGUUGAGAAACACUGAUCUAGGGUGACCAUAUUUACACAUUCAGGGGACAACUGGAUGAUUUUGUCUGCCAUUUUGUGAAUAAUGACCUUGCAACUGCCCUGUACCCUCCAAGUUUAGCUGGUAGUUGGUGCAGAAGAUUUGGCAAAUGUAAUUGGUUCAUUGCAAGAUAUUGCCCUGAUAAAGGGCUAUUCAACUCCACUCCUGAAGAGCUGAAACACUUUUUGUUUUAAUCCUCUUUUUGUAAUAAUGGACUGAUUGACUUGGGACAACAGGUGAACAAAUGUAAUACUAGGUAAAAGCAAAACCAAUAUUUUUUUCAGCCUUCUAUAUUUGUUUCAGAGCUUAAUAGCCCUGGUCUUCAUGAGUUGCAGGCAUAACUGAUUUAAAAACAGGUUAUGUAAGGCACUCAGAAGUAUUCACCCCUUUGGAUGUUACCACAUUUUUGUUACACCAUGAAAACACAGAUCAACACAAAAUCCAUAAUGUCAUAGCAAAAAAAGAGACAAAAAAUUGUUAAAAAUGGUGGUUAUAACAUGGAAAGGGGGUGAACACUUUUGAGAGCCACUGUGUAUAAUAUCAUGAUUGCAACAUGAACAAAAAAUAUACAGGUUUAAAUAUCCAACCAAAAUACAAGGCAAAUGAAAAAUCGUGUAAAGUAGUGGUGUUUCAAUUUGACUGAAAGCAGGAAAGCACUGUUUGUCUUAGUUGCCAGUAAACAUCAACACGCGGUUCCCAUUAUGUGGUCACUGGUCACUCUGAAGAGCUCCCUCCCCAGUCCAGGUCUGGGUCGAGGUCUGGCUGGAGCUCUGGGUGGAGUG